AUGGCUUCUGGUCUGGAAGGAAAGUCUCAAGGGCGUGUCUUCUGCGACCUCCUACUUGUUUGGGAUUGGAAUGCAGGAGAUUCAAAAGACCAGCAGCUUUUUGAAACAGUUAUGAAAAGUCGUGCAUCUGAAUUCGUUGAAACAGAGCCGUCGGGUCAUUUCAAGCUGGAAAGUGUCGAAAGAGCAUUGGGAAUGGUAACUGUGUUGGAAGAGGUACAAGAGUGGUUUGCAGUAAAACUAUAUCCGGCCCAGGAGGAUUUGGACUCGGACCACACAAUGGACUAA